AUGCGUCUACUAACGAAGUUGAGAUAGGAAAUACGUGAGAGACUAAUUUACGUUUCUUACGAAGAGAGUAGAGACUAGAGAGAUUGGAAGAGAAAGUGAUAAGCUGGAGAACUGAAAUUAAAAAAAGUGGAAAAUAAUAAUCUUCCGAUUCCGAUAUGACGGAGGCGGAGCACAUCCCGGAAGAAAUAGUAGCCAACAUCCUCCGCCGGCUGCCGCCCAAAUCCCUAAUCAGAUGCACCGCCGUCUCUAAAUCAUGGCGGGAUCUCAUCUUAACACCUNNNACACUGCCACUGUUGCCUUCGCCUUUGAUCCUCUCCAUCAAGAUUACAAGGUUGUCAGGCUCUCUUGCAUGGUCGAUGAUGAAAGGUAUGGUUUCAGUGCACCCACUGUUGAGGUUUACUCUCUUGCAACUGGGUUUUGGAGAACUUUGAGUGGUUCUACUCCUGUUUGUAGUUUAGCUUGUGUGGGUAAGGAUGCUCCGCAUGGCUUUGUCAACAAGAUUGUGCAUUGGGGUGCACAACGCCGGGAGGGUGAUUACGGAUGGUACCAUUUUGUGCUGUCGUUUGACUUUGUUCAUGAGGUGUUUGGUGAGGUGUUGCUUCCGGAGAGCUUGGCUUAUGCGCCCGAGGACAGUGUCACAGUAAUUGGGGGUAGGGAGGAGCUUAGUGUGUUCUCCGUUGGUGGGGGAUUUCCCUCCUGUUGUGAGAUUUGGGUGAUGAAGGAGUAUGGUGUUGUGGAGUCUUGGAACAAGGUCUUUAGUUUCACGUUGAGGGGGUUUAGUUUGGAGGUGCCAGCGUGGGGGAUAUCGGUGGCUAAUGUGACUAGUCCACCAGUGGCAUUGUGCAUCAGGAAGAGUGGAGAGGUGUUGCUGCUUAUGGAUGAGACAGGAAAGGGAAACCUGUACUCGCUGGAUAUCGAGAGGAAAAGAUUUACAGAGCUCGGAAUUGGAGGGGAGGGAUACACAUGGUAUCUAUAUUCUGGUUAUUAUGCAGAGAGCUUGGUUUUGCUGAACAAUGUAAGUGGUUUGGUGUCUUACUGAAGAGGUAAUUAUUCCUUUAUACUUCUGCAACACAUGCAGUAGGAUACUAAAUUUCGUAUAUUUAUUAUCUGUUGUACAUUUUGUUAGAAUGAUAGUUGUUAGUUGUAUGGGUAAUGUAAACAAAGUGGUGUAUCUGUCUAUUUGUUGCAUGUAAUAAUAUUGUUCACUACUAGAAAGCUCCAAGUAGUCUUCUCCUAUUAGAGUAGAUAUGUUAUGCUCGCUUUAAAUUUGUGUAAAAAAGAAUUGGAGCUUGUAUGGUGCUAAAACUUUAUCCACUAUUUUGGGAUGUAACCUCAACUUGAUUCA